GCCAGAGAAUAAAUAACCCUGACCAGAAGAAGGGGGCAGGGACAGACGGACAGUACUCUGAGGUGCAGGCUUCCAGACCUCUUGAUCCUAUAAAAGACAGGCCUUUCUUCCAGGCAACCAAGCCUCCCCUUGUCUGGUAGCUGUCGUAACUCCUUUCUUCACCAUGGUGGGCUUCCCUGGCAAUGGAUCCAGCACCACAUAUUUCAUCCUCAUCGGCCUUCCAGGCUUGGAAGAAGCUCAGUUCUGGUUGGCCUUCCCACUGUGCUCUCUCUACCUCAUUGCUGUCCUAGGGAACCUGACAAUCAUGUACAUUGUGCGGACAGAGCACAGCCUCCAUGAACCCAUGUAUAUCUUUCUCUGCAUGCUCUCUGGCCUCGACAUACUUAUCUCCACUUCAUCCAUGCCCAAGAUGAUGGCCAUCUUCUGGUUCAAUUCCACUACCAUCCAGUUUGAUGCCUGUCUACUCCAGAUGUUUGCCAUCCACUCCUUAUCUGGCAUGGAGUCUACAGUUCUGCUGGCCAUGGCCUUUGACCGCUAUGUGGCUAUCUGUCACCCACUACGCCAUGCAACUGUGCUCACAUUGCCUCGUGUUACCAAGAUUGGCAUGGCUGCGGUGUUACGCGGUGCUGCCCUUAUGGCGCCCCUGCCUAUCUUCAUCAAACGACUGCCUUUCUGCCGCUCCAAUAUCCUUUCCCAUUCUUACUGCCUACACCAAGAUGUCAUGAAGCUGGCCUGUGCGGACAUCCGUGUCAACGUCAUCUACGGCCUCAUUGUCAUCAUCUCUGCCAUUGGCCUAGACUCACUUCUCAUCUCCUUAUCAUAUCUGCUUAUUCUCAAAACUGUGCUGGGUUUGACCCGUGAAGCCCAGGCGAAGGCAUUUGGUACUUGUGUCUCCCAUGUGUGCGCUGUGUUCAUUUUCUACGUGCCUUUCAUUGGACUGUCGAUGGUGCAUCGCUUUGGCAAGCGCCACGACCCACUCCUUCCCGUCAUCAUGGCCAACAUCUACCUUCUUGUCCCUCCGGUGCUCAACCCCAUCGUCUACGGAGUAAAGACAAAGGUGAUCCGGCAACGCAUCCUUCAUCUUUUCCAAGUGACCACUGAUGCUCCAGACCCCUAGCUGUCAACGAUCAAGCUUCCUUCUCACCCCAAAUUCUUUGCCUUAGACUUUAGUGUCAAUGUUUUGGAAAAAGGCAUUUGGAAAAAAAUUGUCUUACAAAUGUAACUGAUCCUUCAAAGAAGAAGCUGUUUGGAAACUCUCUAUGUGAACAGGGUUAGUAG